UUCCCUUCACAGUUUUUGCUCCCAAACACUUUCAAAGCCUGUCUUUUCUUAUCUUUUCGUUUCCUUUCUCCCAAACUAGCUAUUGGUUUUAUGAGAGAAGAAGAAAAUAUGGAGGAUUCAAGUGAACGGUGGCAGCGGCGGAGAGAGUUCAGUGUAGAUCAAAGCGACCACCAUUCCAAAAAUACAAAAGGAAUCUCAACAGUUGUAGACGAGAAGUUUUCAUGGAAGAAGACAAUGAAUAUAAGAAUCCUUAUGUCGAUGUUUAUGUCCUAGUGAGCGCCGUUUUCCUCACUUUCACACAGUUGAAGCAGCCUCAAUCGCUGGUAUGAGCAUUUAGACUCCAUCCAUCUCCCGUUUCUUUGCAUAUCUGUUUUGUGGAUUUCGUAGAUUAUCGUUAAAGAGAAGAAGCAGAAGACACCUCUACCGCUUCUCCCUCCCCCCACCUCAUCCCUUCUUGUUUCAAUGGUUUCCAUUGAGUACAAGUUUCUCCAUUGUAUGUUUGGGACUUGUUUAUGAAAAUCUCCUAAUUGGCUCAACUGGUGUUCUCAUUUUUUUCGCCUGCCCUUGUAUACAUCUCUCUUACUCGGGGGAGUGAGCAAGCAAGAGUGAAGGAAAGCUUAAGGUUUGAAACCUAAUGGGGAAACGCGCAAAGUUUUCAACUGGUUGGCAAUUAAAGCAGUGUUCAAAUAGGCUCCACCCUCCGCAGCAUCAUCUUAGUCAGGUGAUGCAUGACGAUCGGAUGAGUCAAUUGCCUGAUGAGAUUCUUGUUUUUAUUCUAUCCUUGCUAACAUUAAAGGAAGCAGCUCAAACAAGUGUCCUUUCGAGUCGAUGGAUAAACUUAUGGAAAUAUACUCCAAGGCUGGAUUUUGAUGCUUCAGAAUCUUUAGACAGCAUUGAGAGGAAUCCAAAAAAGCUGCUUGGGAGAGAAAGGGGUAGAUAUGUCAAUUGGGUGAACCGAAUCACGCAACUGCACCAAGGCUUGACCCUGGAUGAAUUUAGGCUGUGCUUUGACUUGGACGUAUCAUCGCAGAGUGAGAUUGACAAAUGGCUUGAAUAUGCAUUUACAAGGACCGUAAAGAGGCUAGAGGUGGACUUGACAAGUCAUAACUUGGGCCGUGAUCCUUCACAAUGUUGUAACUUUCCAGAUCGCUUACUUAAUAUAGAUAAUGGCUUGUCUAAAUUGAUUGAGUUUGGGUCCCUCAGAGCGUUGUGUUUGAAAUAUGUAAAUAUUACUGGUGAAGCUAUUGAGAAUUUCCUGCAUAAUUGUCGUUUUCUUGAACGGUUGGCUGUGGUUGGCUCAGGAAAGUUAGUCAAUCUGCUAGUCUCUGGUUCGUCCCUUGUGUUGAAGCACUUGGACAUAAACUUCUGCUACAAUGUUAAAUCAAUUAAGAUUUGUGACUGUAACCUUGUCUCGCUUGGGAUAUGCAAAGUUGAACACCUUGUACUUGUGAAUGUUCCUAUGCUUGUCGAGGUAUUUGUUCGUGAAAAGCUCCCUGUGUCUUUUUGCCGUGUGCUCUCUCAGUUUUCCUUCUUUUCCUCUCAGCUAGAGCGUCUUGAAUUGAGAGAUUCUAUGGCUAAGGAUAUUGUGAAUCUUCGUGACUUUCCUCAACUAAGUCAACUAAAGGAGUUGGUGAUAUACGCUGGUGCUUGGGGUGAUUAUAGUCUAAUGGGAGUGACUUCCAUCAUAAAGGAAUGUCCAAACUUGCGCAAAUUUGUAUUGCAGUUAGCUUGGGCAACACCUUCAAAGAAAAACAGAGAUAAGGUAAAGGGUGCAAAAUGUGCCCUCAUAUUCCUUGAAGUGAUUGAGUUGCGUGGAUAUUGUGGUCGCACUAGUGAUGUUGAACUUCUCAUGUAUUUUGUUGAGAAUGCUGCUGCCCUUGAAAAAAUUGUUAUUGAUCCUCGGAGUCAACUAGCUGAUCAUCUUAAAUAUAAUCUCCAUGGUCAUGUCCGCAAGGCUGCCAUAACUUCUGCUCUGGAAGAGGUAAAACAACUGGUACCCAAGCAUGUAGAGUUGGUGAUCCUAUAACCGGAGAUGUAGUUCAACCAGUGGUUGAGCGUUCAAAUUGCAACUGCUGUCUAACCCUUGGCUCUGAAGCAAUACUGUGUUUACGUUUGGCUUUCUUUGGGAUAUAGGGUGCUGGUUGUCUAGGUAAAUUAUUGUAGAAUUUUGAGUUAUUGUAUGUGGUAAGUUUAACGUUGGUUUUAUUUAUACCAUUUUUUAACCUGAGUUCUGACAAUACUGGUUAGAAUUGCAGUUGUCUUGUUUCUAUAUAUUCCUCUUAUCAAGAUUGAGGCAGCAUUGAUCCUGGCUUAUAGCCAAGCACUAAACUAAACAGAUGUUUCAAAGAAAGUGCUUAUCAAGUGCUUAAUUCUGUUGGUUGUUGA